AUGCCUCUUCUUGAUUUACUAAAGAAAAAAGAUAGAACCGCAGGAAAUGAUGCGCAUUCUCCACGCGCCGAUCCAGAAGCUGGUCCAGUUUUCACAUUCAUGAGAAGUGAUACAAAUACACAAGAAGUAAUAUCACCACCAACUUUCUCUUCUUCGGAAUCAUCCCUGCAACCCUCGGUGUCAGUGAACAAACCGAAUAAUGAAUCGCGAACCAGUCGAUUGUUUGGAGGACGGCCCAGGAGCAACUCGCGCGAAUCUGGAAACUCGGGCACAUCUGGCGUAUCGAUUUCUUCACAUGUUAGUGAUAGAUCUACGUCGAAAUCAGCGCACAAUAGCAAAAGAAUAUCAGAACGUUUUGGUUUGCGCAAGCAUGAGGUAGGAUCGUCGCAUGUUCCCAGUGAUUUACCGGAGAUUACAGUGGAAGAGGCCGCGAUAGGUGAUAGAGAUGCGGAAGUACAAUGGGAGAAGAGAGCUACAAUAUUGGCACAGCAGAAUGAGAGGUCGAUAAGCAGACCAGGUUCAUCUUGUGGCAGUCCACCAGGUCAUAGGAACAGAAAUUCUGGAGAAAUUUCAAGGGCAACAAGUCCGGGAAGAAACCCCUCGGGCGUGGUUGCUACCAGAAAUGUGGAUGAUGAUCUCCAGGAAGCUAUUCGACUUCAUGAGGAAGGGCACUUGGAAGAAGCAACAAAGCUAUUUGAAAGAUUGGCAGACCCUCAUGGUGCCAAUAAUGCUCUUUCUCAGGUCUUAUAUGGUCUUGCUCUCAGACAUGGCUGGGGAUGUCAAGCCAGUCCAGCCGAAGCCGUCACGUACCUUUCGGCAGCAGCAUCAAAUGCAGCAGCAAUCGAGGAGCUUGCGCUGCAAUCCGGAAAAAUGAAAGGGGGAGCUGCCAAGGGGGAGCUUGUCAUUGCGAUUUAUGAGCUAGCAAACUGCUUCAGAAAUGGCUGGGGGGUCAAAAAAGAUCCAACAGCAGCUCAGAAAUACUACCAAACUGCUGCAGAACUUGGAGAUACAGAUAGUAUGAAUGAGGUUGCACGAUGCUACUUAGAAGGAUUUGGCUGUAAAAAAGAUAAAUACCGAGCAGCGUACUAUCUUCGCAAGGCCGAAAAUGCGGGUGUAAAAACACUGGGCAAUUCUUGGUGA